AACGACAGCUGUCGGCGCCGGCAGCGUUCAAACGCGCCACUGUACGCGGCGGGCUGCGGAGUCUGGAGCGCGUCGAUCACGUGCCGCCGUGUGUGCCUGGCUGCGCGUCGACGUCAGUGCUUUUUUUCGCUCGUCUCUCCCUCUCUUGGCCGAGCUCAAGUGCACGCACGUGAAGCGCAGCAACACGGCCAGUCCUCUUCAAAUAAGUUCGCCAAAUACCAUCUCAACCAGGACCUGGGUCCGUUCUCGCAAUGCCGAGAAAACCAGCAGCACCGAAGCCGAGGGCUUCCAUGUCGACGUUCGCUGAAAGCGAUACGAAGCUGCCCCAGAUUCGGAGUGCUGCUUUCGAUGGCUGGCCCAAGCACAAGAAAGUAAAGAUAGGCCACGAUGCGGUCCAGUCCUCGGCCGACAAUCCAGCAGGAGAGCCUGAAACCACCUCUGCUGUAAGGUCCCAGCCCAAUGCGAAAGUUCGUCGGCCUGGCCACGUAUGCCCACCGCUGGCACCACCAACACCACUAUCCGCCACCCAGCUGAAACCUGUGUCGAGCCACACUCCGAUACUACCCAAAGACGCCGACGAUGUCAAGCUUCGCGCGCAGCAUGACAUCCAUAGCAUAACUGUGAUGCCCAACUCAAAGAUGGAGUCCAAAAUCCAGCAAGUUCUUCGCUCCAUGCCCACUCUCGAUCGAGACUCGAAAUCCUCCGUGGUUGCACUCACCGCCCCUGCAAAGGCAGCUAACAAAUGUAUUGGCAUCGCCGAAAUCGCAAAAAGAGAGCUUUGCAGAGAUGAUCCUUCCAGAGCCGUGUACCAGUACACAGGCUGUUGGACCCGUCUCGAAUCUCGGAAAGCUCCUCGACAGUCUUCCCUCGAGGCCUUGCCAGGCGUUCUCGACAAUACCGCUACGAGGACGUCGAGCUCUGAGCACUAUUACCUUCGCGACCAUAUGGAUGAUGAGGAGCAAAGUGUAGAGGCCGAAGAUUCGGAUGGCGCCUUCGAAGACGAGCACUGCGCUGAAAGACCGCUAGUUCGGGGCGUUGUCUGUUUGGUUAUUUACCUUUCCACUAAGCCCGUGUCACGGCUCCACGAGCUUUACGGAGAGCAAAUCUACCGUCUAGAUCAGGCGUGAUGAGUAAACGACCUCCAGAAAUUGCUUUGGUAUUAUCUAGUAUAGCGAUGAAAUCCGAAUUUGAACGUGGGCGGCCAUCAUUCCAAACAAACACGGACAAGAAAAGUCGUGCGCGGGUUGAAAAUUCACAAGGCAAGGUCUCCCCCGUCGAGACCUGUAGUUGCAUUGUGAUGCGGUCAUAUUUUCUUCAUGUUUGUGCUGUGAUCGUCAUGGUCAAUAGGGAGCCAAAACAUCAACCCUCCCCUUGACUUGGAAAACUUGCCCGUCGCUUUAAGAGAUGGGUGGCUAAUUAAGUCACGAUUCUCCUACCAACGUCACGUUUACCCCAACACAUUCACGGCCAAUGCAGUCCACAAAAGUACUAUAUGUGUGUCACAUUCAGCACAGUUGUUUCGAUACCCGAUUCCCACACGAAAAUCAUUGCUUUAGUUGAGAAGUCUAUUCCCGCAACUUCAGUGAUGCCGGAAGUCGCCUCUUGGAUUAGCAGACUGAAAACAUUUACCUUCCAGCUAGAUACUCUGUGCUUCUUGGGACGUAUUGAGCAUUACUCAACUUUUUAUGGGGCAUCACUGGUUCUUCAUUCACUUAACAAAAAACAUUUCUUGCGCAAGGUAGAUUGAGAUCGACAUUCUCAAGUUUAGGACUCGGAUGUUUUUCUCCCAAAUUUAUCUGCUGGAGAACAAUAACAAAAUAAAUCCAAACAACGCUGAGACAUGACACGAACUCAUCCUAUUUGAGUUACUUUCCUGGUUUCUAGGGUGACAUGGACUACAGUCGGCUAAGGGUUUUUUGUCUCGACUGCCUCUACGACUGGUUUGAAAGCUUUCGACAGACAUAGUUGACAGCUGGAGGAACGAUGUCUUAGCCAACAGACUACUGUAACUGCGCAGACAUUGGGCAAGCAGCAAAGAUCGUAAGAAGGAUGUACAUUUGGAAAUCGCUCAAGGCCUUACAUGCUCGGAAAUCCAUGAUUAUGGAUAAUCAGUUGAAUCUUAUAAGAACUGAAAGGAGGAUCAGUGUUGCUCGCCAAUUUAAUUCUGGUGUUGUGAACCAUGUCAAUUCUUAUCAAGGACGGCUUGGCAUAAGAAGAGGCAAGACAGAUACAGAAUGUUUAGUGGAGCGGGGAAUAUUUUGUUAUCUCCCAAUAGCUUGAGUUGCGUUUGACAGCCAUGGCAUAGCAAAUCUUUUUGGCCCACAGGAAAUCAUCGCUGUAUACGGCAAUGAUUUCACCAAUGUACCCCAUCACCAUAAGUUCAGUAUCCUAAAACAUCUGUGCUUACUCUCACCAAUGCAGCCUCCCGCUUAUGGUUCUCAAAAUCCUCCGAGUUCCAAUGCGGUUAUCUUCAUAAGUGUUAGUUUAGAGCUCAAUGACGACGUCUC